UUCGUCUUGAAGAAUUAUGGAGAGAACCCAGAAGCCUACAAUGAGGAGCUGAAGAAGCUGGAGUUGCUCAGACAGAACGCUGUCCGAGUCCCACGGGACUUCGAGGGCUGCAGUGUCCUCCGCAAGUACCUCGGCCAGCUCCACUACCUGCAGAGUCGGGUCCCCAUGGGCUCUGGCCAGGAGGCUGCUGUUCCUGUCACCUGGACCGAGAUCUUCUCAGGCAAGUCUGUGGCCCACGAAGACAUCAAGUACGAGCAGGCUUGCAUUCUCUACAACCUCGGGGCGCUGCACUCCAUGCUGGGAGCCAUGGACAAGCGGGUGUCUGAGGAGGGCAUGAAGGUCUCCUGCACCCACUUCCAGUGCGCAGCGGGCGCCUUUGCCUACCUGCGUGAGCACUUCCCUCAUGCCUACAGCGUCGACAUGAGCCGCCAGAUCCUCACCCUCAAUGUCAACCUCAUGCUGGGCCAGGCUCAGGAGUGCCUUCUGGAGAAGUCGAUGCUGGACAACAGGAAGAGCUUUCUGGUGGCCCGCAUCAGCGCACAGGUGGUGGAUUACUACAAGGAGGCAUGCCGUGCCCUGGAGAGCCCCGACACCGCUUCCCUGCUGGGCCGGAUCCAGAAGGACUGGAAGAAGCUGGUGCAGAUGAAGAUCUGCCACUUCGCGGCUGUGGCUCACCUGCACAUGGGGAAGCAGGCCGAGGAGCAGCAGAAGUUCGGGGAGCGGGUCGCGUACUUCCAGAGCGCCCUGGACAAGCUCAAUGAUGCCAUCAAGCUGGCCAAGGGCCAGCCUGACACUGUGCAAGAUGCACUCCGCUUCACUAUGGACGUCAUUGGGGGGAAGUAUAACUCAGCCAAGAAGGAUAAUGACUUCAUCUACCAUGAGGCCGUCCCAGCCCUGGACACGCUUCAGCCCGUGAAAGGAGCUCCCUUGGUGAAGCCCUUACCGGUGAACCCCACAGACCCAGCUGUGACGGGCCCUGACAUCUUUGCUAAACUUGUACCCAUGGCUGCUCACGAGGCCUCAUCGCUGUACAGUGAGGAGAAGGCCAAGCUGCUCCGGGAGAUGAUGGCCAAGAUUGAGGACAAGAACGAGGUCUUGGACCAGUUCAUGGACUCGAUGCAGCUGGAUCCGGAGACGGUGGACAACCUCGAUGCCUACAGCCACAUCCCACCCCAGCUCAUGGAGAAGUGCGCGGCCCUGAGCGUCCGGCCUGACACCGUCAAGAACCUCGUGCAGUCCAUGCAAGUGCUGUCGGGCGUGUUCACGGAUGUCGAGGCCUCCCUCAAGGACAUCAGGGACCUGCUGGAGGAGGACGAACUGCUGGAGCAGAAGUUGCAGGAGGCGGUUGGUCAGGCGGGGGCCACCCCUCCUGUUUCCAAGGCUGAGCUGGCAGAGGUGAGGCGGGAGUGGGCCAAGUACAAGGAGGUGCACGAGAAGGCCUCCUUCACCAACAGCGAGCUGCACCGCGCCAUGAACCUGCACGUCGGCAACCUGCGCCUGCUCAGCGGGCCACUGGACCAGGUCCGGGCUGCCCUGCCCACACCAGCCCUCACCCCAGAGGACAAGGCUGUGCUGCAGAACCUGAAGCGCAUCCUAGCCAAGGUGCAGGAGAUGCGGGACCAGCGCGUGUCCCUGGAGCAGCAGCUGCGUGAGCUCAUCCAGAAGGAUGACAUCACCGCCUCCCUGGUGACCACAGAGCACUCCGAGAUGAAGAAGCUGUUCGAGGAGCAGCUGAAGAAGUACGACCGGCUGAGGGUGUACCUGGAGCAGAACCUGGCUGCCCAGGACAACGUCCUCCGCGCGCUCACUGAGGCCAACCUGCAGUACGCAGCCGUGCGGCGGGUGCUUAGCGACCUGGACCAGAAGUGGAACUCCACGUUGCAGACCCUGGUGGCCUCCUAUGAAGCCUAUGAGGAUCUGAUGAAGAAGUCUCAGGAGGGCAAGGACUUCUACGCAGACCUGGAGAGCAAGGUGGCUGCUCUGCUGGAACGGGCGCAGGCCACCUGCCAGGCCCGUGAGGCCGCCCGCCAGCAACUCCUGGACAGGGAGCUGAAGAAGAAGCCACCGCCACGGCCCACAGCCCCAAAGCCACUGCUGGCCCGCAAGGAGGAGAGUGAGGCGGUGGAGACGGGAGAUCCCCCGGAAGAGCUGCGCAGCCUGCCCCCAGACAUGGUGGCUGUCCCGCGACCGCCUGACACCUUCCUGGGAACUGCCGCCCCACUCCACUUCACCCCUGGCCCUGGCCCCACUGGCUUAGGACCCCAUUACCUCUCAGGCCCUCUACCCCCUGGGGCCUGCCCAGGCCCUGCCCAACUGCUGCAGCCCAGGGUCCCUGGGGCCCCGACAGUGCCGAUGACCGCUGGGCCUGUCCUCUACCCAGCCCCAGCCUACACGCCAGAGCUGGCCCUUGUGCCCCGAUCUUCCCCACAGCAUGGUGUGGUCAGCAGUCCGUAUGGGGGGGCAGGGCCACCUCUCCCAGUUGCAGGUCUGCCGUCUGCCCCACCACCCCAGUUCUCAGGCCCCGAGCUGGCGCUCGCAGUUCGGCCAGCCACCACCACAGUAGAUAGUGUCCAGGCCCCCAUCUCCAGCCACGGAGCACCACGGCCACUCCCUGGCCCCACACCUCCCCAGCCCUGCUUCCCAGUGCCUCCGCCACAGCCACUGCCCACGCCCUACCCCUACCCUGUGGGUGCCAAACAGCCCCUCACUGUACCCCCUGCCCAGCAUCACUUUCCUCCUGGGAUCCCCACGGGUUUCUCAGCCCCACGACUUGGGCCCCAGCCCCAGCCCCAUCCCCAUCCCCAGCCCCAGCCUUCACGAGCAGCGUUUGGGCCUCCACCCCCACAGCAGCCCCUUCCACUCCAGCAUCCACACCUCUUCCUGCCCCAGGCCCCAGGUCCCUUGCCCCCACAGCCCCCCUAUCCCUUUGCCCCUCAGCCUGGUGUCCUGGGCCAGCCACCACCUGCCCUGCACAUCCAGCUCUAUCCAGGCCCCUCUCAGGACCCUCUGCCUGCCCACUCAGGGGCUGUGCCAUUCCCUCGCCCUGGGCCCCCUCAGCCUUCCCAGCCCCCCCUGGCAUAUGGCCCUGCCCCUAGGCCCCAGGCAGCUCCUCUCUCCAUUCAAGGUCCUCCGCCUACUGGCCAGCCCACUCCUAGUCCCCACCUGGUGCCUUCACCUGCCCCGUCACCAGGGCCUGGCCCAGUGCCGUCUCGGCCCUCAGCAGCAGAGCCUCCCCCGUGCCCACGCCGGGGUGCUGCCGCUGCAGACCUGCUAUCCUCCAGCCCCGAGAGCCAGCAUGGCGGCACACAGCCUCCCGGGGGUGGACAGCCCCUGCUGCAGCCUACCAAGGUGGAUGCAGCCGAGGGCCGCCGGCCCCAGGCCCUGCGACUGAUCGAGCGGGACCCCUAUGAGCAUCCUGAGAGGCUGCGGCAGCUGCAGCAGGAGCUGGAGGCCUUUCGCGGCCAGCUGGGCGAUGCAGGCGUGCUGGAUGCUGUCUGGCGGGAGCUGCAGGAGGCGCAGGAGCACGAUGCCCGAGGCCGCUCCAUCGCCAUCGCUCGCUGCUACUCGCUGAAGAACCGGCACCAGGACGUCAUGCCCUAUGACAGCAACCGCGUGGUACUGCGCUCAGGCAAAGAUGACUACAUUAACGCCAGCUGUGUGGAGGGGCUCUCACCGUACUGCCCGCCGUUGGUGGCCACCCAGGCCCCGCUGCCUGGCACUGCUGCAGAUUUCUGGCUCAUGGUGCACGAGCAGAAGGUGUCGGUCAUCGUCAUGCUGGUGUCCGAGGCGGAGAUGGAGAAGCAAAAGGUGGCUCGCUACUUCCCCACCGAGAGGGGCCAGCCCAUGGUGCACGGUGCCCUGAGCCUGACCCUGAGCAGCGUCCGCACCACUGAAACCCACGUGGAGCGGGUGCUGAGCCUACAGUUCCGCGACCAGAGCCUCAAGCGCUCCCUUGUGCACCUCCACUUCCCCACGUGGCCUGAGUUGGGCCUGCCCGAUAGCCCUGGAAAUCUGCUGCGCUUCAUCCAGGAGGUCCACGCGCAUUACCUGCACCAGCGGCCCCUGCACACACCCAUUGUCGUGCACUGCAGCUCCGGUGUGGGCCGCACGGGAGCCUUUGCGCUGCUCUAUGCAGCCGUGCAGGAGGUGGAGGCUGGGAACGGGAUCCCUGAGCUGCCCCGGCUGGUGCGGCACAUGCGGCGGCAGAGGAAGCACAUGCUGCAGGAGAAGCUGCACCUCAAGUUCUGCCACGAGGCAGUGGUGAGACACGUGGAGCAGGUCCUGCAGCGACACGGAGUGCUGCCCCCGUGCAAACCUUCGGCCAGCACCAGCUCCAGCCAGAAGAAUCACCUCCCUCAGGACUCCCAGGACCUGGUCCUCGGUGGGGAUGUGCCCAUCAGCUCCAUCCAGGCCACCAUUGCCAAGCUCAGCAUCCGGCCCCCUGGGAGCCUGGAGUCCCCAGCUGUCAUCAUGCCAGGCCCUGCAGAGCCCGCAGGUCCGCCGCCACCCAACCUCCCAGAGUCUACCCCGAUUCCACCCUCUUCCCCACCCCCCAUCCCUUCACCCCUGCCGGAGGCCCCCCAGGCCGAAGAGCAGCAGCCAGUGCCUGAAGCCCCCAGCUUGGGGCCUCCUUCCUCCUCACUGGAGCUACUGGCCUCAUUGACCCCAGAGGCCUUUUCCCUGGACAGCUCCUUGCGGGGGAAGCAGCGGAUGAGCAAGCAGAACUUUCUGCAAGCCCACAACGGACAGGGGCUGCGGGCUGCCCGGCCCAGCGACGACCCCCUCAGCCUUCUAGAUCCACUUUGGACACUCAACAAGACCUGAGUGGUCCACCUGCCCGGUCCUUACACUACAUUGUCAUCCAGGCCCGCCUGCCCAGACCCAGCAGGGCCUAUUUGGGUGGCCACGACCUCUUCCUCCCA